AUGCAUACUAGUGUAGUGCACCAUCUGCCAUCCCCACCACCAAGUGCCAUUCAACUUGUACCAAGCGAUACCCAAGCAAUGGUGCCACCACCACCUGCCCCUCCACCACCACCUCCUACUCUAAUGGCAGCGCCAGCUCCCGCUGCAGCGACUUUCGGAGGAGCCGUUAAGGCGUCGGCGGAGGCAGAAGGUGAGGAAAAGAAGCCUGAUACACGAAGCAAUCUUCUUGCGGAAAUUCAGAGUGGUAUCAAACUGAAGAAGGUUCGACUUGCCGAAGAAGCAGCUGCAGACAAAGCCGCAGCUGAAGCUAAUGAUGUAGCAGCGAUUUUGAAACGACGAAUGGAACAUGUGAUGGGAAAUGAUGAUGAAGAAUCACAAAGCAGUGGAGAU